AUAGAUAAAGUUUACUCACUCUUUAUUUAGUGAAUUCAUGUCAUAAUACAAACAAAAAUCAUCAAAAUAUUUAAAAUAAUAAUAAAAAUAAUAACAAUUAAUUGAAAGCUUUUUUAAAAAAUAAAACAUUUGUUUAAAAGCAAUACAUAUUAAUAAUUGUUUCUAAAAAGUGUUUACUAUUUUCGGUCAAAACGUGUCAAACAUAUUAAUAGUGGUUUGACUACAAUCUAAACAUUUGUCUCAUUAGAUAAUCAAACAAUACAUUUACCGACAAAGUGUUGAAACAGUGGUCAACACAGACACCAAUUGGAUGUAAUUGUCACCCAAAUUGUAUGAGUGUUGUAGUGAUGACAUAACUUUAUCGACAACAUUGUCAUUGAUAUAUAUUAAGGUCACAUAAAGUAAGUUAGUGUUGAACAACAAGUGUUGGACACAACCGAUGGCUUUGCGACAGAUUAUUACUUAAAGAAAUUUUGAGGAUUUUAUUAACUUCUGAGAGAGAGAGAGAAAACCGUUUGUUUUUGAUAAACCAUUUGAUGUGAGGAUAUCUUAAGUGGUGAGAAAUGCCGGCCUUUUUUCUGGAAACACCAGACAUUCUUCCGUUGCCUAGUCUUCAGGCGUACACAACAAUCAGUGCUCUUCUGUUGUCGUGUUCAAUAUAUUAUGCGUUUCAAGUGACGUCUGAACCCGAUUGGCGACUCAACGCCACACUAAGUGUUGGUCUGACUCUGGCCAACGACAACAACACUAAUGUGAAUGAUUUGCCGACAAUAAUGACCAGCAAUGGUACGCUUAGCAAUGAGACGUCUAUCCAUUUGGGUCUUCUACUGGACAGUGGUUUUAUUAUGCGACUCAUUGAUGUCGUGUAUCUCAUGUUUCACGAACCGCUCUGUAUUUGGACACUAAUAAACUCCGCUUAUUGUUGUCUAAUAUUAGUGGGAAAAGUAAUACAAAAGUUGGUCUUCGGUGAGCUUCGUGUGUCAGAACAGCAACACAUGAAAGACCGCUUCUGGAACUUUGUAUUCUAUAAAUUCAUAUUUAUUUUUGGAGUAAUGAAUGUCCAAUAUAUGGAUGAAGUAGUUCUUUGGUGCAGUUGGUUCUCAAUAUUAGGAUUUUUAUCACUUUUGGCCCAAUUAUGCAGAGAUCGCUUCGAAUAUCUAUCAUUUUCUCCAAUGACUCCUAAGUGGACACACUUUCGUCUUAUAAUACUAUUGAUGGCAAUAUUGAUAACAUCGUUGUCAUUGUUUAUUGUUUGUAUUUUGGUUGGACUUCACGCUGGAAUCAAUACAUUUGCAUUUAUGACGGCUGAAUGUUCACUUGUGGCCGUACGGACACUGUUCGUCAUUGUCCGCUAUGCCAUACAUUUAUGGGAUUUAAAUUAUGAAGGCGUUUGGGAAAACAGGGCAUCGAUGGCAUACUAUACUGAAUUACUCUUUGAAUUAUCAACACUUAUCAUUGAUUUCUGUCAUCACUUGCAUAUGUUAUUCUGGGGUAACAUAAUCUUAUCGAUGGCUUCUUUGGUCAUUCUUAUGCAACUCCGAUAUUUGUUUUACGAAAUUAAUCGCCGCAUUCGUAAACAUAAAAAUUAUUUACAGGUCGUUCGUUUAAUGGAAUCUAACUUUCCGAUGGCCACUAAUGAAGAGCUUGAGAAAAAUAAUGACGACUGUGCUAUUUGUUGGGAUCGCAUGGAAUCGGCCCGAAAGCUUCCAUGUGGUCAUCUCUUCCAUAACUCAUGCUUGAGGUCGUGGUUAGAACAGGACACUAGUUGUCCCACUUGUCGAACACCACUUAAGAAUCGCAAUGAAGACGAAGACGAAAAUCCCGAACGAUUAGCACUUGAUAGAAACGGUCGCGAAAAUAGAGGACUUGGCGGCCGAACGAACCAUUUCUUUCAUUUUGAUGGUUCACGUUAUGCCAGUUGGUUGCCUACAGUGUCAGUGGAAGUGACGCGACCCCAUCUGAUCACUAUUGGUGUAUCACCGACUUCACCACAAACUGAUACCAUUGAAACUAUUUCUACAAAUUCGCGAAGCGCUUUACAUAGUCCUUCAAUGGAUAGUAUGGCUCGACAAGUAUUAGAUAUGUUUCCGCACAUUACUCUUAACACAAUUAUUGAAGACUUAAGAAUUUCUCGAUCAGUUGAGCUAACAAUUGAAAAUAUUUUAGACGGAAGAGUUGUUCCUCCCGUUCAAACUACUUCCAGAUAUCAAUUUGAUGAAAGUUAUUUAUUGCCAUCAACGUCUUCCUCUACGGCUGUGUCCACUACACCAGUCUUUUCCAAUACAAAGAAUGAUGAAAAAUGUGAUAAUGAAGAAACACACAAAGAAAUAGAGCAACGCUUAGAUAAUGAGUCCAGUGAUGAGGAUAUUAACAGUUUGAUGGAUUCAAAUUCUGGUGCCAAAGCAUUCAUUGGACACCGAUUUUCAAAGUCAUCACAAGAAAGGGAGAAAAUACUCGCCAAACGUAAAGAAGAGUUAUUGAAAAAGGCCAGAAAAAACUAUUUGAAUCGACAAAAACUUCUUUAUGGUGUUAUGGCCAACAAUUUAUCUUCUGAUUGAUUUAAAUCAUUUACAAUACUAUAAACUCGAAAAUAUAGUUAUAUUUUGAUGAAGAUUUCGUUUGUUUAUUAAUUUAAUAAUUAUGUGAUUA